CGAGGUUUAUUCAGCUAAAUGAAAACCAAAUUCUGACAGACAAUUUUUAAAUAUUUUUUUCUGACAGACAAUUUUUAAAUUUUAAAAAGGAAAAAUAAAACAAAGAGGUGAGUUUGAUGUUCUGCCUAGUACCCAGCAGUGUAUCGGUAAAACCCAGUUAAACCCUAAUUUUUGGAUUGAAUUCAAUAGCAAUUCUUUAAGAAAUGAAGUAAUUUCUGUUGCAACUCAACUUACGUCAAGAUGAUGAUGAUGUUGAUCAACAAGCUCUUCAGCAACCAUGGUGUAAUGAUUCGCUUGGGCCCGAAAUGCUGCUGGGUUAAGGCAUUACCAUUUUCGUCUUUUUCCGGGCCUUUUGAUGCCAAGGAGAGCUCUGUUUCUGAUGGGGCACGACAAAGAGUUGAUCAAGUGUGUCACAUUUUGGAGAGUGGUCCUUGGGGAGCUUCUUUGGAGGAUGCUUUAUGGUCUUGCGGUCAGGUGCCUCAUGGUCAAUUGGUUGCUGGGGUUUUAAGCAGACUGAAAAAUGUUGACUUGGCACUGAGUUAUUUUCGAUGGACUGAAAAGGUUGAUGACAAAGCUCAUUGUUCGGAAGCAUAUAAUGCUCUUCUUAUGGUGAUGGUGAAGAGUAAAAGUUUUGAUAUGCUGGAACAAAUUUUGGAGGAGAUGAGUUUAGCGGGUUUUGGGCCGACUAAUAGUGUUUGUAUUGAUAUAGUUGUUAGUUGUGUAAAGUCUCAUAAACUUAGGGAAGCAUACGGUAUUAUCCAAAUGAUGAGGAAAUUUAAGAUUCGCCCAGCUUUUUCUGCUUAUACAACUCUUAUAGGUGCUCUAUCUGAAGCUCAUGAAGCUGAUCUUAUGCUCUCGCUAUUUCAUCAGAUGCAAGAAUUAGGGUAUGAGGUAACAGUGCAUUUAUUCACAACUUUAAUUCGAGUAUUUGCCAGGGAGGGGCGGGUUGAUGCUGCACUGUCCCUGUUGGAUGAGAUGAGAAGCAACUCCUGUAAUGCGGAUAUAGUUCUCUUCAAUGUCUGUAUUGAUUCCUUUGGUAAGGUCGGUAAAGUGGAUAUUGCUUGGAAAUUCUUUCAUGAGAUGAGAACACAUGGCCUCAGUCCUGAUGAUGUCACAUAUACCAGCAUGAUAGGAGUACUCUGCAAAGCUAAUAGAUUGGAUGAAGCUGUGAAUAUGUUUGAGCAAAUGGAGCUGAACAGGAAAGUCCCAUGUGCAUAUGCUUAUAACACCAUGAUUAUGGGUUAUGGACUGGCAGGAAAGUUUGACGAAGCAUACAAAUUACUCGAACGUCAAAGACUUAAGGGGUGCAUUCCAAGUGUGAUUGCAUAUAAUUGUAUUCUUACUUGCCUCGGGAAGAAGGGUAUGACUGACGAGUCUCUAAGGAUCUUCGAGGAGAUGAAAAAAGACGCUAAACCUAAUCUUUCUACAUAUAAUAUCCUUAUAGACAUGCUCUGCAAGGCAAGGAAACUUGAGGCCGCUUUGGAGGUUCGUGAUAGUAUGAAAGCAGCUGGUUUGUUUCCGAAUGUACGGACUAUGAACAUAAUGAUUGAUAGGCUUUCUAAGUCCGGAUUGCUUGAAGAAGCCUAUUCACUAUUUAAAGAAAUGGAUCAUAAAGUUUGUACUCCAGAUUCUGUCACUUUUUGUUCUUUGAUCAACGGUUUGGGUAGAAAUGGUAGAGUGGAUGAAGCUUACAGUCUCUAUGAACAGAUGUUAGAUUCUGGUCGCAUUCCUGAUGCUAUUGCCUACACAUCUCUCAUCAGGAACUUUUUCAUGUCUGGGAGAAAGGAGGAUGGUCACAAGAUAUAUAAAGAAAUGGUUCGCCGAGGUGUUCAUCCGGACCUAACCCUCCUUAAUACCUACAUGGAUUGUGUCUUUAAAGCUGGUGAAGCAGACAAAGGCAGAGCUUUGUUUGAAGAAAUAAAAGCGCAUGGUUUCAUACCAGAUGUGAGGAGCUAUUCAAUACUAAUUCAUGGUCUCAUAAAAGCAGGGUUUGCACGUGAAACAUACGAGUUGUUCUAUUCAAUGAAGGAACAGGGAUAUGUUUUGGAUACCUUAGCCUAUAACACUGUUAUUGAUGGAUUUUGCAAAGCGGGGAAAGUAAAUAAGGCAUACCAGCUACUUGAGGAAAUGAAGGUAAAGGGUCAACAACCUACUGUAGUUACAUAUGGUGCUGUCAUUGACGGGCUUGCGAAAAUUGAUAGGCUUGAUGAAGCUUACAUGCUUUUCGAAGAAGCAAAAUCAAAAGGCAUUAAGCUGAAUUUGGUGGUGUAUAGUAGCCUUAUUGAUGGAUUUGGAAAGGUGGGUAGAAUUGAUGAAGCAUAUCUUAUUAUGGAAGAGCUGAUGCAAAAUGGGUUGACGGCAAAUGUUUACACAUGGAACUGCUUACUCGAUGCACUAGUGAAAGCAGAGGAAAUUAAUGAAGCCCUUGUUUGCUUUAAUUCAAUGAAAGAUUUGAAAUGUGCUCCCAAUGGCAUUACAUACAGCAUAUUGAUAAAUGGUCUUUGCAGGGUUCGGAAGUUCAAUAAGGCCUUUGUGUUCUGGCAGGAUAUGCAGAAGCUUGGAUUUAAGCCCAAUAUGAUUACCUAUACCACCAUGAUCUCAGGGCUUGCAAAAGCAGGACAAGUAUUUGAGGCUAGCUUGCUCUUCGAAAGGUUUAAGGCCAAUGGAGGCAUACCUGAUUCCACUUGUUAUAAUAUGAUGAUAGAAGGGUUAAGUGUAUCGAAUAGGGCAGAGGAAGCUUACAAACUUUUUGAGGAAACUAGGUUAAAAGGAUGUCAUAUAUAUUCUAAAACUUGUGUUAUCCUUUUGGAUGCUUUGCAUAAGGCCGAGUGUCUGGAGCAAGCAGCAAUUGUUGGUGCUGUGUUGAAAGAAACCGCAAAGUCUCAGCAUGCAUCAAGAUCCUUGUAACACCACCCCGUGUACUCUGUUUCUUAAGAGUAGUCUUAUGAUCAUUAUAUCAUAAUUAAAUAUAGAUAUAAUGUUUCUGGGAUCUUGUGUCUAUUAACACUACCUGAUCUAUUAUGGCUGCAAUCAGAGCCUCUAUCGGUCUAUUCUCAUAGUGCACCAUUUAACUUCCAAUGUAAUGCUAAAGUGUGCUUUUUUCUGGAUCCUGUUACCCUCCAACCAAGAUGUCUUCAUCAGACGAGAGACCAAUAUAGAAGAGUUUCUCUGCUGUGGAAUUGUUUCAUCAGCACGAUAGUAUCAGAUGUUUAUUGUAGUGUACAACCAUACAGGUAUUACUAGCCUAUACCAGUUUUGAACAGUUAGUGGUUUUUAUAAUGCCUGGUUUACAUGUAGCCAUGGAGGUAGUAUCUUGGUCUGUCUUUAUGGAAACAGUAUCUUCCUGGCUCAUGAAGACUCAAUACCUGUACCACAAUUCUUAUUGUGUAUAUUUACCUAUUUGUCUGCAAAGAGCUUAGGGAAGUAUAAAACUAUUUAGAGUUGA